UUGUAUGCGAUCUACCAGUUCUGUUUUGUUCUAAUCAAAAAAGUGCAAUGGGACAAAGAAGAUCCAAAAAGAGUUCUGCUUAUGGCAAAGCAUUUGUACAAAAGAGUCCCACAAACAAGGUUUUGCGCAGGAGUGCCAGAAAUGUAACCAAAACUGUUCAUCCUCUGGCAAGUUAUGACAGUCCUCUGAGACAUAUUUCUCACAAUGGUCUCAUAAGCUCACCAUCAAGUUCGUCAACCUCAACAAUCUCACUUAAUCAAGAAGUUGUCAAAGAGGAUGCCAAAGAGAAACCUUCACACGAGGUUGACAAGGAAAAUUCAGAUGAUGAAGUGAGUUUCUCUGAUUUGACAUUUGAUUUUUUAUGUUCUGAAGUCAAAAAAGAUGAAAAACAAGAGGUUGUGGGUGAUGGUGAAAAAGAAGAAGAUGAGGAUAUGAGUGACAACUCUGUGCAGGAUUGUCAACAAGAUAAGGCAGUAAAAACAAAAAAAAAAAAAAGCUUACUUACAAGGAUACUAUCAGGUGAAAAGCCAAAUUGUUUAAAGAAAAAGAAAUUCAACAAAAGUCUGUUAUCAAGAAUUAGAGAUCCUGACGAAACAAUAGAUAGUGUGAUAUUUGUUGACGAUUCAGAUAGUGAAAAGUCACCAGAAAAAUCGUUGUUACACAAAUCGACACAGAAUACUGAUGCAAACGAACCAGUUCCAGAACCUAGUUCUAGUAAACAUUUAAAUGAAUUCUCAAUACAAGAAAUAAGUGACAGUUCAUGUACUACUCCAAAUGUAACGCAACUGUCUCGUUCAGACGCAGUGACAAAUCUUAAAGAUGUUGUGGUUGUUCAGGAAAGUGAUUCAUUUCUUAUGGAAAUGGAAUCUUACCACAAUAAAUUUAGUCAAAGUACAAAUAAUCAACCUAAUCAACCUGUGGAAACAGAAUCUAUAAUAAUAUUGGAUCCAGAUGAUGAACCUCAAGAAGAAGAAGACGAAACAGAAGAAAAAGAACCAGUGUUGGAACACUCAACUAAAAUGAGCGAAGAUUGCUUGGUGGUGUGGUCAUCUUUACCAGAGUCCAGAAAAUCAACUGAACCUACGUGUAAACCUCAGUGUUCAUUUGAUAGUAACGCAGAUAUUUUAAAACAAGACAAAAUUUUAAUUGAUACAUCACCUAAUGUGUCUAACUACAUGUUUUUAAACAAUGAAAAUAACAAACCGAAAAAAAAAUUUAUGAAAUCUCCUAAAAUCAUGAGAGGUGCCAAAAAGUCUCCCUUAAAAUAUAUGCUUGAAAAGACAAAGGCCAUAGCUAAUAAUACUGCAAAAUCUGCAGCACAAGCUGCAAAGAUUGCUGAGAAAUCUAGAAAAGAUGGAGAAGAAAAGUUCAUUAUCAAAAAAGAUAAAACUAAAACGAUGAAGCGUAAAGCCAAAGUUAAUGAAGAUCUAAUCUUUAUAUCACACUCUAAAGAUGACGGGGAAGCUGAAACAAAAAAGAAAUCUAAAAAAGGUAAACUUCGAGAAAUUGUCAUUGAUGGCAGUAAUAUUGGCAUGGCAUACACUCAGAGCAAGUUUUUCUCUGAAAAAGGAAUAAAACUAACAAUUGACUAUUUCGCCAAAAAAGGUCAUGUUGUCAAAGUUUUCAUUCCUCAACACAGACGAUCGCGUAAUUGCCCACUUUUAGAAGAAUGGUAUAAAGAUGGUACGGUUGUUUUUACGCCAAGUAGAAAAAUUGGCAAUAAAUCUUUCACACCGUAUGACGAUAGGUAUAUUUUGGAAUAUGCUUUAACAUGUGGUGGGAUAGUUGUAUCUCAAGAUCAAUUUAGAGAUUUGUAUGCAGAAAAGCCCCAGUACAGAGAUAUUAUAGAAAACAGACUGCUUGUGCCUACAUUUGUAGGCGACUACGUUAUGUUUCCUGAAGACCCAUUGGGAAGGAAUGGACCUACGUUAGCUAACUUUUUGAGACACUGAAACAGAUUAUGUACGAGAGUUUGUACAUUAUUCGUGUUUGCAUUAUAUGAAUAUAAAAAGUUAGUUACAAAUUUUGCAAAAAUUUAACUAAAUCUUUUUGAAGAAGUUGCUCUUUUAACAAACAAAAAAAUAUAUCUACGGAUCUGUUACCACCUGUAAAUAUGAUUAUUUUUUUAUAUAAAACAAAUAUUAUAUACAAAAUAAUGUUCAAAGUAAAUGCAGUAUCCUAUGAAAAUAACAAAUUUAAUUAAAAAUGAUUGACAGUGAAAAAAAAUUCAGAUGAAUUUAAAGCUUCAAAUAACUGUCAUUAAUUUUAUUACGGUUCUCUUGUGCUGUAAAUGUGUUAAAUUAUUCAUUGGCGAGUGGAUUUUUUUUUCCGUGAAUGAAACAAACUUUUUUUUUUUCCUUUUUUAAUCAGAGUCAUAGAA